UCAGCAGUACAGUUAUUGCAGACCUACUUAGAUCAUGGCUUUCCUUUAAUAUUUCUUCCACCACCAGGAGGCAGUAUUGCGUUCAUACAGAUGUGUACACACAAACAGCAUAGAGAAUAACGGAAUCAUUCUGCGUAGAAAUAAAUUGUUAGAUGUCAGAAAAUCUGGAAGACGUUGGGUAUAUAUUUUUUUAAAGUAAAUCCCAAAAAUAAGUUUGCAAUUCAUGCCCUUUUUAUUUUCUACCUUACCUCUAAAGAGAUUUACUCUCCACCUCUUUAGUUUGCUUUAUUCUCAUUUAGACCACUUUAUCAAAUAUAAUACAUACAAAUGCAAACACAACAUACAUGGUUGCAGGUGCAAUCACACAUCUAUGUGCACAAAAUUGCCUGCGGAGCCAAAUACAUUUUGCAUCACAUUUGCUACUUGAAAUUCUUUGGGUGCAGUAGACACAUUUAAUUUAUAUUUUUUUCAUAUUUUCUUUUUUGGUUUUUAAAUCUUAUUCUUAUCUUUCUUUGUUGUUAUUGUGUAUUUGUUCUAUUUUGCUGCUGCUGUUAUAAUUGUUGUUAUUUCCCUGGCUCACCCAACCAUCCUUGAUUCCUUAUAUUUGUUUUAAACUUUCUUGAUUGAAUUGGAUAAGAUUUGUUGUGCCCUUAAGUCAAUGAAGUUAAUCCUGCUGAAGGAGAAACUUCUCAAUUUCCACCGUUUGCAGAGGAAAUCUGAGCCGACACUGCGAAGCAACCAGACCCACCAUCCCCAGGCAACGUGGGUAUGCGGUCCCAUAGUGAUUUUCCUUGGACUGGCUGGAAAUGGGUUAUUGAAAUGUGGUAUUGCACUGGAACUUGAGUUGAUCAAAUACAAUCACUUUUAUCAAAACUAGAGGCAUCUUAUGUAGGUCUCAGUUGGGUCUGAAACUGAUAUGCAUUAUAUAUCCAUAUGUAUGUAUUUCCUACUGAUUUUGGCACCAUAUAUAAAGUUAAAUGGCAUUUAGGGGUUUACACUUCAGAAGAUUAAUGCUUAUUAAGUAUUGUGAGAACUGUAGUUACAUUUACGUAAAAAAUUGGAAAUAAUACAUUGUAUUUCUAUGUCUUCAAAUUAGUUAUUUAGUUAAUUAUUUAAGUCCAAGAGCCCAUGUGGAGCACAAAAUGCUGCAUAAUUUUAAAUGUUAUUUUUUCUCACCAAAUAUGUUUGAAAACUCUUGAGUGAGUGAUAAUUCAUGAAUGAUAGGCUCAAAAUUCGAAUUAAACCCUUCAAGAACAUGGUUUAUAGGACAUAUUCUAUGAAUAUUUUUAAAGUAAACUUAUUUUAUUGUAUUAAUAAAGCAAUACUUGUUUGUACCUAUGUUUUUUUCCAGUUCAGUUUACCAUGAACAUACGAUCAAUACUGUCAAUCUGUGCCUGUGGAAGAUCUUAACAACUUUUACGGUAUGAAUUCAGUUACUGGAUGAUGGAUCAUACUAGCAGCCUACCAAGUAACAGUCAGGUUUAACGUAGUCAUCCCGCCUCCUCUGCCCUGUUUGCAGACUUAUCAUUGGUCGGCUGGCUUGCUACUCCCCGUCCAUCCAGGUUAGGUUGCUCCGUACCGUUGUGAUGCUGCUCAAUUGAUGGGCGUCCAGAAGGAGGAUACCCUUACAAUUGUACAGCACAACAAAAAUCAUGUUCGUUUCUGCUUGCGUCUGCUUUUUCUAGGGCAAAAACCUCCUGAAGAUCAGCUGUUUUUUUCUCCCCCGCUUUUUGUCCUCUGCUUGAGGAGCUCUGGCGAUGCUCUUGCGGCCGUUAUAAAAGGGGUAAAAGAAAGCUCAUGACAGGAACAACAAGACAGGGCAGCGCAUCGCGGCUAGCACCACAUCAGUGUGCAUCACUUUAAUUCAGGUGAGCUUGUUUGAUUGGGGUCUUUCUACGCACGCAUGGCGGACUCGGACACUUUGGGGGAAUUGCACCUGCCAUAGGAAGAACCGAAGCACAUGGAUGGAUCUGCUCCUUGAACCUGACAUCGGACUGUCAGAUCUGAGUAACCUGCCCACUCGUCGCGCCGCCAUGGAGCGUUAACAGUUUUAAUUGUGUUAUUUUUACUCGUCGCGGGGCUUCGUAAACCACCCGAGUGCGAGAAUGACAGCUGAUCGCCCCUCCUCUCCCCGGACUGGGAUAAAAAGGCGCUCCAACUGAGUGAGCCGCCUUCUCCUCAGCUGUGUGAGACAAUAGAUGGAGCGCACAGGGCUGUAACACUUGACUUCCUUCUCAUCAGGGUUUUCACUCUUCACACUCUGUCAAAGAUUUCACACAAAGGUUAUUAGGCUGGUUCACUGGUUCAUUUCUCCUCAUUUACAAAGAUCAGAUCCUCCAUUAAUGGGUUCACCAAUCCACAUGGAUGAAAACUUAAAAUCCUCUUCUUGCUCCUUUUUGAUGCUUUACACUAAACCCAUGACCGGCGGGGAUGAUCCUUGAGUGGCCGAUGAAAUAAUCAGCGUCGCGGUGUCAGCAAAGGGCUUGAGCCCUAGGGGAUUUGGGUAGAUUAUCGCUAGAGUGCUAUUUUGCUCACCAGGUCACACACUCAACUGAAUUUAGCGGCUUUGGAGCUGCAGUCUUUUCACUGCUUUCGCCCAAGUGCAUGUAAACUCUAAAACUACAGAGGGAAAAGCGAGGGAAACAGGGGUGAAUCUGCAAGCAAUGCCUUGCACAGAGGUGUUUGGAUCCAGAUCGGAGGACACGACCAGCCUGCCGUCACGCCGCGGAUGUGGGAGGAUGAGAUGCGCCUCGGGGUUGUAGUCAGCACUCCGUGCCUCGGGAUGCCGUCGUUGUGACUUCAGGAGAGGGUGGUCCGCCAAGCAGAGAGCACCGCGAAUAGUCAAGCAGCGCCUUCAAGGAGCGCUUUCCCGGACCCGUUUUGUCACCUUCCCACCGGAGGAUGUUUCAGCAAGGAUGCUGCGCUUCCCCGUGAAGAAGAUCCGGAAGCAGUUCAAGCUCUUGCUGCUGCUGGUGCUGCUCACCUCGGCCGUGUGGUUCACCUACCUGCAUAUCAACCAGGGCAAGACCAUCAAGCUACACUUCAACUAUGGAAAAGAUGGAGAGAGACAGACGGACGGGACGGACGCCAGCCGGAAGAGGGAUGCUCGCUCCUCAGCUGGACAUCACAAGAGCGAGGACACCAGUGACAGUAGGGAGGACGAGGCGGCAGAUGAUGAGCCAAUCAUUGGAGGGGCUGAGAGCAGAUAUCAAACCCACAUCCGGAAGUUUCUCAGCCAGAAGCACAAUACGUUACCAUGGCAACCAGAGUAUAAGGGCCAGGUCAACCUACAUGUGUUUGAGGACUGGUGCGGCUCUUCUAUAGCCCAGCUCAGAAAGAACCUGCACUUCCCUCUCUAUCCUCAUACAAGAACAACAGUAAAGAAGCUAGCCGUGGCUCCAAAGUGGAAAAACUACGGCUUGAGAAUAUUUGGUUUCCUUCACCCUUACAAAGAUGGUGAUUUCCAGUUCUCCGUAUCAUCUGAUGAUAACUCAGAGUUCUGGUUGAGCCCUGAUGAGAGUCCUCUUAAUGCCAGACUGCUAGUUUAUGUAGGAAAGCUGGGUACAGAGUGGACUGCUCCAGGCGAGUUCACCAAGUUCAGGUCCCAGUCCUCCAAAUCUGUGCACCUGAUCUCAUCCAGGCAAUACUAUUUUGAGAUUCUUCACAAGCAGGAUGACAAGGGAUCAGAUCAUGUGGAGGUUGGGUGGAGGCCGUUCCUUCCAGGUUUGAAAUAUGAAGUGAUAGACUCGCCGUACAUCUCCCUGUACACAGAUGAGUCCAGUCUGAAGAUGAACAGUGUGGAGCACAUCCCUCAGACCUUGGCCAGUCACAUCCGUCUCCCAGAGGAGUUUCAACCACAAGGCCUGGAGGGAACCACCAUCACACUGCAUGGAGCUGAUAUGCUAAAGCCAGACCCCAGAGACACUUUCUACAGCACCCCAAUGAUUGAUCCCACUCGGCUGCAAAGCGUUCUUCCAGCCUGUAUCUACUCUCCAACCUAUGUAGUCAAAGAUUUUCCCAUCGCCAGAUACCAGGGCCUUCAGUUUGUCUAUCUAUCUUUUGUCUACCCUAAUGACUUCACACGUCUCACCCACAUGGAACGGGAAAACAAAUGUUUCUACAGAGAGUCUCCUAUCUACUUGGAGAAAUUUGGCUUCUACAAAUAUAUGAAGAUGGAUGAGGAAGAAGAUGAAGGACCGUUCUUUUUCCCCAACCCAGAUGAUUUUCUCGAGGAAGAGGAGGUGGUUGAUGCAGAGGACGAGGCAGAGAUUGUUGGCACACAGUCGCCCAGGAAACCCUCUCAUCCAAAUCAGUCCAGUCAUACACAUAACACUUCCCAUCACUACCCAAAAACUGGGGCCUCACCCAUUGGCAGAGAGGAAGAGGAAGAUAAGGAAGGCCCUAACGAAGAAGAAGAAAAAGAGGUCGGAGAGGUCGACAGUAUCAUACGCCACAGAAAAAGGAAAUGGUCUUCACACCGAGAUAAGCAGAUGGAAAGGGUUCUGGACAGAGACUGGGGAAGGGAUCAUACCCACAGAAAUAUGGGACAGGAUACCAGAAAGGGACUUGAGGAAGACCAACCUAUAGCUCUGCUGCCAGAUGUGGACAAUGUGGUCAGGGGUCGCUCUUUGUCCUGGGUCUAUACUGGUCCUCCAGACCAAGACCCAAACAAGAAAGCCAAAGCACCAGGUGGGGGAGGGGAUCCUGAGGCGCCUCCUAAAAUCAGCAAGGCUUCUCUCCUUUUCCCCCAAAGGUCCUCCCUCUCUGCACUCGCCAGCAAAGCGAACCAGAUCCUCAGCAACUCCGCCCACAGCAGCCACCCCCAUAAUAACAGCAACAAGCCUGUUGUGCGCAAGAAGAAGAGGGAGGAGAACAAGAUCUACAUCACCAGGCCGCGGCCUGCAAAGGAGAGAGAAAAAGAAAGAGAACAGCGACGGGAGAGGAGGGAGGAGAGGGUAUCUCGACAUCCUAGAGAGCUUUUCCCAGGAGUCUUUUUGUACCGAACUGGGAAAACCACAAGGCUGGUAAACCUGGGUCAACGAAGACAUGGUGGAAGAGGUGGAACAGGGGUUAAGCACCUUAUUGGUGCCCCUCAACCUUGGCUCAACCCUCCUACAAAGGAAAGUAAGGCAUCAGCACUCAAUAAAAGUGUUACCAUACAGAGUGAAACUGCAGAGAAGUCUGGUAACAAAGCAGCAAUGGCAAAACAGACAGAAAAAAUCAAGAGAAAAGGGGAAUCCCGAGAUUUAAGGACUACUGUCACAGCUGACCUGCCCAGUAAAAGAGAAUUCCAGAUCCCUUUGUCCAACCCCAAAGAGCCCCAUCCUACCCCAGCCUCCGAAACAAGGUUAAGCUAUACAGAAAACACAAUCCACAGUCAGUUACGGGUCACUUCUUACCUAAGGACCUCAGAGAUUACAGAGUUGCAGCAUCAGCUAAACCCAGACUCCCACCCCGCAGACAUUGAUCAAGAUACAAAACGCUCUAAUCCCAACCCUGAUCCAGAGCAAGAGCUGGAACCGGAGGAGGGAGAAAUGUCGGACUACAGCUACGAGGAGGUCGAGGUCCGGCCAGGUUGGGCGGAGGAGAGCAUUAAUUGGCAGAGGACAUUCUCGGUUAAUCCGAUGGACUUCGAGCUACUGCGGUCGGACUGGAAUGACCUGCGCUGCAAUGUGUCUGGCAACCUCCAGCUGGCAGAGAGUGAGGUGGUAGAUGUGCUGGCGCAGUACAUGGAAAAACUCAAUGAACGCAAUGGAGGGAUCUACACCCUGUUGAGGAUCAUCAAUGUUGAGAAGCGCCGCGAUUCAGCGAGAGGGAACCGUUACUUGGUAGAGCUGGAGUUAAUGGAGAGAGGCCGCAAUGUGGUGCGACUUUCAGAGUACAUUUACCUGCUGCUGCACCGUGGAAGGCAAGGAGAAGAAAGUGUAGAGAACACGGACACAGCUCCAGCCUCCACACAGGCCCCGCUUCCCUCUGCGUCCGUGACCAGCUUCACCACCCAGCAGCCGUCUCCUUCCACAAGGUCUUCCGUGCGGCCUGGAGCGACACUGUGGAGCACUGCUUACGCUAAGCCUCUUCUCUGCCAGCCUCUCAUGCUGCAGUGGAAGCGAGAUGUCAUGGUGCACUUUGUGGUACCAGUGAAAAACCAGGCUCGCUGGGUGAAGCAGUUUAUUUCUGACAUGGAAAAUCUUCACCGGCAAACAAAGGAUGACAACUUCAGCAUCAUCAUUGUCGACUUUGAGAGUGAGGACAUGGACGUGGAGCAGGCUCUCAGAGAGAGCAGUGUGCCAAAAUACGAGUAUCUCAGAAGAGAGGGGAACUUUGAGCGAUCGGCGGGACUUCAGAUCGGCGUGGACAUCAUUAAGGACAGUCACAGUAUCGUGUUUCUCUGUGAUCUGCACAUCCAUUUUCCUCUUAACAUACUGGAAAGCAUCAGGAAGCACUGUGUGGAGGGACGUCUCGCGUUUGCCCCCAUCGUCAUGAGGCUGAGCUGUGGUAGUUCACCUCUGGAACCAGAUGGUUAUUGGGAAGUUAAUGGCUUUGGCCUGUUUGGAAUAUACAAGUCAGAUUUUGACAAGAUCGGAGGAAUGAACACAGAGGAAUUCAAAGACCGCUGGGGUGGAGAGGACUGGGAACUACUGGAUAGGGUCCUGCAGAACGGUUUGGAAGUUGAAAGACUACGUUUAAGGAACUUCUUUCACUACUACCACUCUAAAAGAGGCAUGUGGAAUGCUCAGAACAAGAAAACUCCAAAAGGAUAGCUCUUCAUUUUGGUCAGAGCAUCCUAAACCCCACUUGCAGACCCACUGUGUGUUACAGAGAGACCAGUAAGAGCUCACACACUGCCUGAACUCUGCCCCUUUUUUUGAACAGGCUUCAAUGAGACACUUGUCUGUUUCCUCAUCGGGUUCUGCUGCAAAUUUGUCUGGGUGAGGAAACUGAAUCCAAAUUGGAAAUUUGGAGGCAUUGCUCUCUCUCUGCAGACAGACCUGAGUCAUCACGUCGCCUCACUGACUGAACUACUGUACAGGGAAAAGUUAUUUUUGUCUUCUUUCUCUGUCCUUUUUGGUGCAAUUGUUUUCAGACAGAAUGGAAAGCAGCCGUUUGUGUGUGUGGGUGUGUGCUGGUGUGUGUGGAGGUUUGUAUGUGUGUGUGUGUGUAUAAAUAACUGUGUGUGGGUGGGUGAGUAUGUGGUGGUAUGUGCUUAUGACUAAAGGAAGCACCUUUUUUUCUAACAAGAUGUAAAAACAACCUAAGACCUGUUUUCUAACAUGCUCUUACACUAGAGCUGAAUAGAAUGUUAUCUGAGUAUGAUUCACACGUGGUGACGUACAGUAGCUCGAGUAGAGGAGCUGUGUUUGGUAAGUUAACGCAGUAUUUAUAAAUGCAUCAACUACUACCUGCUGGAUGAUGGGGGUGCUGAUCUUCUUUUUACAGCGAUACACUUAAAAAAAAAUGGGUGACAUUUUUUUUCCAAGAAACAUUGACAGAUACUGUACAUCAUCUUUAUAUGUCUUUCUUACCCAGUGGAUAUCUUCAUCCUGUUACUUUCAUACUCAGUCAUUUUUUUGAUGUCAAGGUAUUUUUAAAUGUUCUUGAAUAUUGCUGUUUAAAUAGGUUAAUUUAUCCUGAUUGAGUGAUGAUGCAGCAACAUGCGUGGGUGCUCUUUUUUUUUUUUUCCUUGUUUUGUUUGAAUACACUUUAAGUUAUCAUCUUUAACCUCUUCGAAAAGUAACCUUUUUGCACUCCCUAUCCCUAACUUCUUUGUGAACUGGAAAAACGGAGCAGUAAGUGUGGUGGAAAAAAAAUCUUUUGCAGUGUUUGAGCUAAUUUACAGAAACCUGAGUGGUGUACAUGGCGUACAAUGUUUGCCACAUAUUUGGCAACUCUGGUAAAGAUGGGUAAAAAGUCUUAAAGAAUACUCUUUUUAUCUUUCAUCUUUAAUUUAAAAAAAAAAAAGAAAUUUGAAAAUUCAACCUUUAAUUUAAGUAUAUUUUGUCAGUGGAGAAAAAAGUCAAAUAUUGGAAAUGAUCUGCAUGCCAUCUAGCUGUUUGAGAAAGAUACCUGAAAAAAAUCCUUUCUGUCCUACCAUCAUAAACAUAACCUUGAGAGUUGCCAAACUCUGCUGGGACUUUAACUGGAACUGUGUACUUUGGUCAAAUGAGACUCAGGUAGAGCUUUUCAGCAACAAACACUCCAAGUGGGUUUGUUUAAACAAACAUGUGGAAAGAAGACCCAGUAUUCACCGUAACAUACAGAUGAUGAUCCCAUGAUUCUGUAGGUCUGUUUCUAUUCCAAAGGGCCUGGAAACCUUUAGAGUGCAUGGCAUCAUGAAAUACCAGGACCUUUAAAAAAAAACUGAUAGACUCUAGAAGUAAUUUGAAAAAGUGUUGUCAUUGUUACUAAUCUUCUCAGUAAUGGUUCACAAGUCACAAAAUCAGUCCUUUGUCAUGGUCUAUUGAAAACCUGUGUGGGAAGCUGAAGACAAUAAGAAUAUUGGUGGCCUAGUGGUUAGAGAGCAGGGCAUCCUGGAUUUGUAUCCUGGAGAGACCACAAGUUUCCUGCUUCAAAUCCCACAGCCUGCCACUCUGGGUCUUAGCCCCUGAAUGCCUCCCGGGCACUGAACAGUGGCAGCCCCCCGCUCCCUAAGGGAUGGAUUAAAUGCAGAGAUCAAUACAGUUAUUAUUUGAGAGGAUAGGUUUCUGGACAAUCUGAAAGCAGUGGGGUUACUAUUCAACAAGCAAAGAAAUUUGAAAUUAUCAUUAUGAAUCAAACCUUAUUAGUUACUGAGUAAAAAUAUUAGUUACAAAUAGAUAAAAAGCAUUUGGUUGAUUGUUGAUGUAAUUUGUGUAGUCAUCAUAUCCCUGUUUAAUUGACUUACUAGAAAUGCUUAUAAACUCAACCGAGAAUGCACCAAUUUUAUUUUGUUAGUUAGUUUGAAACUACUGAUCUCAAGAAAUUGUGCGUUGAAGAAAUGUCAAAGAUCCACAGAUAGGUGCUUUCCAACUGACAAACUGGCCUGUGCAAAGUACUGACAUUAGGGUUUCCAAUUAUUGCGCUGGAAAUUCAAAUAAUUUUUUUCUAAACAAGAUUUCUUUUCUCACAGAAAAAGUGUGCUCCAAUUAAGAGUUGAACUUUUCUAUAUUUUUCAGAGUGGGGUAAUGCAACUGAAAUUAAAGAUGAAUUUAUUUUAAAGCUUAUUAUACAUAUUUAAAUGGAUAGCUAAUAAAUGUGAUUUGGAGAGAAUGUUACAUAAACAGUUAUCAAAAACAUCGACUGUCUUUUACGUUAAAGAGACCAGCCUAUGCGCUUCUGUGGUGAUGCUCGGCUGUUUCACAAAUGUGUGCCUUUAUCAGGGUUUGGCUGCAGGCAGUUUUUUUUUUGUUUUUUUGUUUUACUAUUACUCUAAACUCCGCAGGGGGCAGGGACAGACUGAAAUACAAAAUUAUUUAUCAACAAACUGUAUUGUCACUGUAAGCUCGGAUACACUGUAAAAUGAGGAUUUUUAUGUUUUGUUUGAUGGCUUAUUGACAUGUCAGUGUGUUUUCUUGCGUCAUGCUAAAUGAAAAAAGGUAGGCUUGAACAGUGAGAACGACUGAACGGGAGCAGAGGGUGGGAUAGAGAUUGUGGAACAGCUGGAGUCUAUCAGGAUCCCACCUGCCUCCAUUAUUUUGUCUUGAGGCUGUGCACUUAAUGCUUCUGUUUAUGCAGAAUGGCUGUGAAAUUAACAGACACCAGCUGGGGAGUGAUUGGACAUAUACAGUAUCUAUGAGAGCUAACGAACGUUAUUGACUUUUUGAUUGUCAGAAUUCCUCUGAGAGCCUUUUUAUCUUCUACUGGAAAAAAAGGCCUACGCUGUACAUUAUUUAACAGUAACAUGUGACUAUUUAAAAAUUAAAGAAACAAACUAAGUACAAGACAAUAUAUAUAAUAAAUCUUUAAAUAGGAACAUACAUUCUGAGGUAAUUUCUGUGAAAUUGUUGUGUAGAGAAAAGGUUUUAAGAAUGUAUUGUAUCUUUAUUUUAAUUUGUCAUUUUUUGCAAAUAAAAUUUUAUGCCUACGUCUGGAGAA